AUGGCAGAAAGAGAUGAGAAGAAUGCGGUCGUGUACCGCAGUGUCUCUUUCAAAAAGCUGGGGUCCGGGGGCGCCAGCAGGAGCGCGGACCGGCCACACAGACCAGACGAUUCAGAGGCUGCUGGCGUCGCCCUCCCCCCGGAGUCCGGCCGAGCGGACCAGUCCUCGCUGACGCGUAAUGUCAGUGUGUCCAGAAAAGUUUCCAAAAUCUCUGCCACCGCCGCGGCCGUCCUCCCGACCGCAGACCAGAAGAGAGCCUCCCCCGCUCCCGUCUCGUCCAUUUCUCCGUCUAUCCGCCAGCUGACGGAGAAGUUCAGCGGGGGCUCCGCCGGGACGCACGGAGCCUGGCCGGGAGACGGUCCCGCGGCGACGCGGUGGAGCAGCACCCUUCCCCGGGCCCGAGGCUCCAGGAGAGACGGCUCUUCGUCCCGUAAAUCCUUUCACGAGGACAGCGGCGGAGGAGGAGGAUAUUUCCAGGACAGCGACACCCCCACCGCGGAGUCUCUUUCGGACUCUAAGUUGCCGAAGUUGAACUCGGGCACCGAUUCCGUGUCGGGCUCAGACUCGGAGAGAAAAGUUGAGAGGCGGAUUUUCGUGCGUUUAUCAGCCGACGGCAACACUGGUAAGAAACGUUAUUCUCAGAGCAACGCGCGUGUCUGUGAUAGCAGAAAGACCGUGUCUGCUGACGAAGAAGACGAUGUAAACACAAAGGGGGCUUCUCCAACCUGUAAACCCCACCGAAGUUAUCUCACCAUUCACCACAGUGACUUUAUUCCCUCCCAUUCUGACAAGUGGCCUUGUGUUACCAAAAUUAGGCAACUUUUUGAUGAAAAACAAAGUCAAACUUUGCAGAGACAGAACACGGAGACUUGUGAGCAAAUACAAGCAAAGUGUAGAGGGCAUGUACAAGAACUCAGCUGCAAGGAGAGUGCUCCUCUCCCAGAUGGAAGCGAACACUGGGGUAGCAUUUCUGCUAAUCAGACCAGUGGCCUGAGUUUGCGUGACAAAUACACAGUCGGAGUACAAAGCAGAGAAAGCCACAUUACUAAAGAGACAUUUUGUGGUGGUAUGGACUAUUAUGCCCAAGCUGAUCACUUUAAAUACUCAGAUGAUGAAGACGCAGACUUGGAAACAGCCAGAGUGUCAGAAAGAAACGUUUUUAGUCAUUCCCAGAGGAUUAACUCAUCUCUAUGCAGAUCUCGCAGUCCCAGUGCUGAGGUAGAGGGAAGCCAUACGGCCUCCAGAGCCACAGGGUUGACAUCUGACCCUAACCCUGACCUUCAACCCCGUGCUACUUCGUCUUGGAGUCGAUCGGUGAGCUUAGACACCUCCUCCUGCUCCUCCUCUCUCCAGCAGCCAGCCGAGAGGGAGAGAAGGGAUAGACAGGGGGUCGGGCUGCCCAGGGAUAGUUUACAUUCCUUACAUAGCUCCUCCAGAGCGCCAGCCCCCACCACCACCUCCUCCUCCUCUGCUCCAGCUCCAGAUAAAGCCAAUACCUCCUCCUUCUCUACUGUAACUCCCUCAUCUGACAAAGGAGCCCCAAAAACAGUAAAUUCUCCCCUUAGCCCCCGCUGUAAGUUAAGCUCUGGAGACGAAGAGGAGGUGCACACCAGGAGAAGAGGAGGAGGUGGAAGUGUUCGUUUUGAGCCCUCUGCCUCUGUUACCUGCCAAGGGGUGGACAAGGGUGCUGCCGAACGUGGGGGCGGCUAUUUAUCCCGCAGCAAGAAUGGUUGGUGGGGUGCUAGGGCCAUUGGCAGGUCCUCGGGCAGUGAGGAGGACAGUCCCACUUCUUUAAGCCCCCACUGUCGAGAGGCAAUACGUCGCCGCUCACUGAGGAAGAAAAAGAGGGUGAGUGGGGCGACCACAGUAGCAGGCCGGGAUGAUUACAAUGAUCAUGAUGGUGAAUCAGAAAAUAGUGACAGUGACCCUGCUGUGACUAUGGAUCAGUCAGAGAGACAAAUGCAGGAAAAUGCUAAAGGAGAGUUCGGAGGGACAAUACCUCGCAGCCACUCAGCACGAGAACCAAGCAGCUAUAGCAACAGGACCAGGGUCCAGCACUGGGAGCGCAUCUCCUCACCCGUGAUGUCCACCACACUUCCUGGCAUAUCACGUGUGUCAAAGGUGAACAUACCAGCUUUUGUUUCCGGCCCUGGCGACUCACGCUGCAGUAGGCGAUACGCCAGUACUGAGACACUGAAAGAGGAGGACCCGUCUAGCUGUGCCAGCCGUGUGUUCUUUGGAGCUGAAGGAAGUACAGGCAGAACCGCAACCUCAUCCAUGAUGAGUAAAGCCUAUCAUGGGAAUUUUACCAUGUACCGUUCCCCUAGCUUUGGCCAUGGGGAUAACUUCUCUCGUGCCCCUGUGCUUGUGCGCUCCAAGAUCGUGCCAACAGUAACCUCCUUUUCUACCGUUCUUUGCAGAGAUGGUGGGAGAUCUUCAGGGGUUUUAGAUGGUGAGACAGUGGUAUUAAGGAAAACUGCUGGAGGGGCUCGGGUAAAUAGUAGGGAUAAAAAUCCAAUGUCCAUGUCUAACCCUGAUAUCACAUCAGAAACUAUGACCCUCUUGAGCUUUCUGAAAUCUGACUUGUCAGAUCUCAAAGUGCGCAAAACAAGUGAAGGAGACCGAUGUGGAGCAAUGGAGGGGUCCUCCACAUACAAGAGCAGCUCGGCACCUCAUGGGGGGACCCUUCCACCCUCGGGUUGUCGCCCAUCGCUCAAAGAUCUCACUGCCACUCUGCGGCGAGCAAAGUCCUUCACUUAUUCGGACAAACCAACAAGCGUGAGGCGUUACUUGACAGGGGGUACUACAAAGAGGAGCUCUUCAGAGCAACAGCUUGACUUGGAUGAUGAGAAGGGUGGGGGCAGGGUGAUAUUAUCCGAUAGGGAAGUAGAAAGUGAUGGUGGGGAUUUUAGGCUGGGGAGAGGACAACAAAUGAGGGAUUAUGGACUGGAAGAUGAUGAGGAAAUGAUGCCAACUCCAUUGCAGGAGAGGUGUGCGCAGGAAGCCAGGCAGGUAAUUCAAGAUAUCUGCCAAAUGUGUACCAGAGAAGAUGAUGAUGAUGUGAGUGUAAGGAGAAAUGAUGACAAGGAGGAAAAACAAGAAGCUGAGGGCAGUAAAGAUCAUACAAGAGGAGUGGAUGAGGCUGAGUUUGAGAACACAGAAGACAGAGAUAAACAUGAACUGAGGAGAGAGAACAGGGAGAGGGAGAGGAGUGGACAAAGUAUGCAGCUGGAGGAGCUUAACGGCAGGAGCACAGAGUGUUUGGAGAACUCAAAGAGACAGAGCAAAGAACUGGAGAGUGCUUUACUGAAGGGUGACUCAGAGGAAAGCAUGCUCUAUGACCGCACCGUGGAUGAGCUUUCAGGCCACGAGUCAAGUUUAACAGAUGAGGGGAUUGUGACGGAGCCAGAGAUGGGUCCCAGUGACCUCUCAGAGAGGUUGUUCUUGGGAUCAGCUGGGGUGAAUUUAGGGUCAAGAGCAGCAAGGCAUGUGCUUUGCCAGCCUGUUACCGCAUGGAAGCAGCCGGCUCCCCAUGAGGUUGAGGGAUUCAAGGACGAGGGAGAAAAGAGGACAGAGAGUAGCUUGAGUUGUACAGACUUUUCAAAUGAAGCCAGUAUUCCUGGCUCAUUGGGUCUUUCUGUAUGUAUGGCUGAGACUGACAACCAUUCCAUGGAGAUGACCUCUGCUGCCUGUAUUAACAAUGUCAACACUACCAGUGAGGGGAUCCACACCAACAGCGCUGUGUCACAGGGGUCAGCGGCCACUGCGGGAGGAGGAGGAUUUGAAACGCCUGCGACCCCAAGUGCUCUCCGUCGGAGGCGCAAGUUUUCCCCCUCUGGGAACAACAACACAGGCUCUGAUUCCAGUAAUGGCAGCCAUGCAGAGCCAUCAGCAGCAGCUGUAGGAACAGGGGAGUCCACAGUCUACCGUUCUCUCAGUGACCCUAUGCCUCAGCGCCGCUGCUCCGUAACAGAAGAGGGGAACAACAAUUUUUCAUCCGUAGACAGCAACCUUCUCGGCUCCCUGUCUGUCAAAGGAGGAGGGGGAGGUGCUUUAGAGGGCUCUGGUGCAGCUGCGUUAUCAGAAUACAAGGGCAGCGUAGCCAGUGACUUGUCAGUGUGCAGUGAUGUUGGGCUCCGUGAUGAUGGCAUUCGGGAUUACAGUGGAGUUAUCAGAAACAUUGUAGCUGAACCAGGUGCAAUGGACCGACUGAUGACAGAUGACCACGGCAAUGGCAAGGCACCCAAAAAGAAGUCUUUCAGUGACCCUAGUCGCCGUAGCGAUGACCCUUCACUUUCCCAUAAUGACCCUCAGUUCAGAGGGCAAAGUAGCAGCUCUCAGCCAAUCAGUGAACUGGAUCAAUCUGGACAGAUUCCACCUUCAAGCAGUGAGCCAAUCCUGAGUGAGCAGAGAGAGGAGCGGUGGGAACCAGAAACUAAGCCCACACCGCUGCAUCAAGUCAAGAUGGCUCGCUCCCUUUCAGAGGGCACCAGUCACUCUGAUAAUCAUGAUGAUGAAGGCAAUGAUGCAAAUGACCAGGAUGGAGAGGAGGAGGUGCAGAAAUUCAACUUUGACCUCAAGCUUGCUGGCGUUCUUACCCCUAGAAUAAUCCGUCGGCCCACGAGAAAACGUCCCAACAGAAUGACUUUUUUCCCUCACGAGGACCCAUUUGAACCCCUGGAGCUGGGGUCAGAGAACCAGGAGCAGCACAGCGGCCAAACCAAGCUCACUUCUUCUCCUCCAGCUCCUUCAUCACAAGUCAAACCCAAAAUAACGCCCAAGCAUGUCCGCCACGCCAGUGAGCCGGCCACCUUCAUCCCCAUCUCCCCACCUCCACAACUUCAACCCCUGAAGGAAGCCGAGUGCCUGGCUGUCGGAUCCGUUGGUGGACCUCCAACUAUGAGUAAGCCUCCAGGAGACGAGGCCCCUUCUCUGGAAGAUGUGACACAAAAAUACAUUCUGGAACUGAGCACCUCUGAGAGAGACACCGAGGCCCAAGGGGUGCGAGAUGGUGUCCAAGGUUCAUCUUCAGAGGGUCCUGGGCAGACCAGCACCAGUGGACUUACAGAGCCUGCAGCUCAGAGGAAGGGCACCGAAGACGCAGCAUCUGCCUCUGCUCCACCGAGAGCCAAACCCAGAGUGGUGAGUUCACAGUUUUUGUUCUUUUUAUAA